AUGGAUAACAAGGUAUCCACUGGUGAACACAGUUUACAACAAAUGGGACUUGAUGAGAUAGCCAACAAAAUUUUAGACCUCGACAAAUGGAGAGAAAUUUUUAGUUUCCAUGGGUUGGAAACUAGUAAUGGAAUUUAUCAGAAAUACCAAGACAAUCAUAAAUCUGACGAUGACAAUGAGGAUGGAGUUGGAACAUCUCAGUCUACAAAUAUCAAAAAGCAGGAACAGUUUCUAUCCAGUAUCCCUUACUCAAUCCCCAAACCUCUUAUUGUCUCUUCCAACCUGGGUGGACAGCCUAUCUCCUUAGAAAUGGCAAUGGGGCUCCGAAAGAUGUUAUUUGGAAAUGCACUCCAGGUCUUCAGUUAUGAAUGGAAAAAAUCAUAUUUCAAAUUUCAUGAGGCAUAUUCUGACCUGUCCUAUGCUCUGGAGGUAGACAAGGGGGCAGCAAAAGCAAUUCUGAUGGCUGUACAGGUAAACAUCAUCAAAUACUUCUUGUUCAUAAGAAAUAACAAGAAAAACAUUCACCUCCAAAGUUUGUAUGAAAUAAGCCAAAAGGACCAAGAAAAGGGUCUUGCAGCAGCUGUGGCAGAUAUUCUGUGGACAGCAGGGGAAAAUCGGACAGCUACUAUAUGUCUUGUCACUACAGAUACUUAUUUUCCAUCAAGUAGAGACUACAAAGUAGAUAACUUUACUGAAAGACUCCAGCUGUUUGAGUUUUUUGAGAAAGAAGCAGCUCAGAAAUUUAUCUUUGAUCACAUACAAUGUUUCAAAGGUGAAGGAAGCCAUGGAGUUAUUUUAUUUCUGUAUAGUUUGCUCCUCUCUAGGACAUUGGAAAGGCUCCAAAAAGACCUAGACAUCACAACAUCUCAUCUGUUACAAUUCAGUCUUGGAAACUUCAUCUGUAGACAGGCAAUUCUCAACAUCAUUUUAACAGGCCGAGCAAGUCCACAUGUGUUUAAUGGGUACCAGAAAUGUAACAGUGAAGGUGGAGUACAAAAACUAUUGCAUGGAGUCCUGACCCGCAGCGACGUGGGCUAUUUACACUGGAGCAAGGAGGAAGUAGAGCAUUACAGAAUACCCCAGGUUGGAAGCAUGCUGAAGACUCCUAAAUUACCCAUCUGGCUAUGCAACAUCAAUGGAACAUACAGUGUUCUUUUCAGCACAAACAGGCUGCUCUUGUCUGACUGGAAAAUGGAACACAUCUUUGAUCUUUACUUUUAUAAUGGACAGCCUUCACAGAAAAAAACCAUCCAUCUAACAAUAGACACUCAUUCUCACCACUGGGAAGAGAAUCACUGUGAAGAGGAAAGUGAUCCAGAGAAAAGAUUUCCUUCCGUGGAAAUGGCAAUCAGAACUAAGUGGGCAGGGGCAGCCAUCAACUGGAACGGGACAGCCCCAUUCUUCUGA